GAUUAACAUAAUGCUUGUUUUACGCGGAUUAGUUAAAAUCUUGUGUUAUGAUGACAGUGUCUAUACAUUUCGGUAGCUAUGUGGUCCACAUAUUUCGUGUUUAUUAUGUUCGUAUAUUUCUGUUCGCUUUCAUGUACUGAAACAUCAAAACCAAAAUACAAAUUGAUAUCGGCACCUGUAGGUGACCGUGUUGUUUUGUCAUGUGGAAUCGGGGACAGUAAAUACCGUGUUUAUGAGUGGCUCGACAACAAAAAACCAAUGGAAUUUGCUACACAUAAUGUUACUAUGCACUCUAAUGGAAGUAUAGACUUUCGACUUCGAAUGGAAAAUGCAGAUAGAAUAUUUAGCUGUCGUUCGUACAAUUCUUAUCCGAACGGCACGAAUGACUCAUCUCUUAUUUUUGUGUACAACUUCGUACCAAUAGUUAAAGCAUUUCUUGCAGAGACAGUGCAUAAUGCUACUGUAGACUGGGGGUCUAUCUACAGAUUCCCGUGCAUUUUUGGAGGGACUGAUCCUAGAGAGAAUACAAUGAUACUCAAUAAUCAGAUUGUUGUUGAAAUGGAACAUAACAUUACCGAAGAUUCAAUUGUGGAGUGUAAAGUUCAGAAUUCCUUGGGUAUGGUGCAUGAUUUGGCCUACAUCACAGUUCGUCCUGAUUCUAAAGCUUGGGGAAUCAAACACGGAGUUUCAGAUCGACAUUCUUAUUGUCAGUCGUAUUCUACAAUUUUACCGAAAUCCUCCGUAUGUUAUCCAUUUAUAGAAAAUAUUGCUAAUGAAUACAAAGAACCUUAUUUAAUUUCACGAUCUCGUUUAUAUUCCAAUGAAAUCAGUAAUCAAGCUGUUAAAAAUCUGUUUACCAGCUGGGAUGAUUUACUAUCAUCUUCAAUGCAUUUAUCUCAACCUAAUAAUUAUCUCAGUGAUUCUUUUAAAAGUUCAAAUACAUCUUUUAUAAAAUCAAAUCAUGUUGUAGAUGCGAUAAGUUUAUCUAAUAGUAGUAGCGCUGCAUGGAGAUGUAUUAAUUUGGCUAAGCAUUUAACUUGUGCUACAUCUUAUCCUCGAUGUGAAAUUACUAACACUGAUAGAAAAUCAACAUCUGUAUUUGCCAAUUCAUAUAUUGAAUAUCCUGUUUGUUUGAAACAUUGUCUCGCUGUUACAGGCCUAUUUUGCUUCUCCUCGUUAAAAAUCUUGAAUAAUUCAGCUUUGGAUAGACUUCUCGACAUUCAUCGGAAUGAAUCUUUAAUGAAUUCUGAUUUUGUAAAAACGGGUUGGUCAGAACUGAUCAAUGUGCCGGAAGCCAAAAAUCAAAGUCUUCCACUGAGUUUCUCCGAUCCAUUAGCCAGUGGGACAUCAAAUCCCUUUUACAUUUGUUCAUCAACUAAAGGUGAUAUUAUGUCUUUUGAACCGUCUAAAAAGUCUAUUUGCACUCGUUUACCUAUUGAUAACGAAAAUCCAACAAAUUCCAUUGAAGGAAGUAAGAAAACUCCUGAUGAACAAAAUGUUGACUGCAUCAACGGCAAAGGGGAAAAUUACAGAGGUUUAGCUACUAUGCCAGAAUGUAAACCAUGGACUAAUCUGUUUGUUCUCGAUGAUAAUAUUCAGAAUCUACAACCUGGUAUUUGGCCUGGUUUUUACAGUUUAAACAGUUUCACUUUCCCUAGAAGUUUAGGUCUUGAAGCCAGUUCGUCAGCCGUGUGUCGCAAUCCGUCUGGUUUGGCAUCAAGACCAUUCUGUUUAAGUCGAAAAGGCAACAAAGAAAAUUUUCCAGAUGUAUCUAUGAAGUCAAAGCCUAAUCACUUGGAAGAAUGGUAUUUAACUUCUUGUUAUCAAAUUCCUCAGUGUUCAGAGACCAGUAACAACAGUGAUUAUCAUCAUAACUGGACCAUUGGUGAUGUAUCGCUUAGUGGUCUAGAAGCAGCAGAGGCUCAGCUACAGACAAUUAUCGCUUGUUCAAUUGUUGGACUGGUUAUUUGUUUAAUAAUCAUCGGUUGUAUAAUUUGGCUCAUAAAUCGUUGUUCUAGUAAAAAUAUUGAAAAUUCGGAUAUAUACUUUUCUCAAUUAGAUUUUGACAAGCCUCAAAUUACAGGAGAUGUAAAUAGUGUUAACGAAGAAAAUGAUGGAAAGAGACAAUUUUUUGAGCAUCUCUAUGAUUCUACAGAAAUUAACAAAGAAAAAUAUUUGGAGCGACGUAGAAAAUUAUUAACUCGUCGACGUAGACUUAGACAACUUAAUCCAUGUUCCAAAUGUAUUCUUGGAGCAUAUUAUCGUAUUGUUGACUUCACACAUUCAUCUCAUACAGCUAGUCAAUCCCAUUCAGUUUUUUCUGUUACACAAUAUACUGAAGAUAAAAGCACGCCUUCAGCAUCUAAUCAAAAUGUUAUGUCUAAUGUAUGCCAUAGUCGUUAUUUAUCAUCUUUUUGCCCAUGUUUCUGUUUAUCUAAUUUUCGCAAGAAAUCGAAACACGAUUCUCUCAAAAUGACUCAAUUUGUACAUAGUUGUCCUGUAACUAAAAAUGAAUUGAUUGAUGAAGAGUUUGAGGCUAAUACAUUGGGAAUGCGAAUGGAUAAGUCAGUAGUUUAUGUGACCAAUGUGCCUACAAUUAUCUCACCUCCUAAAACAAUCGAUUCUUCACCAAAUACUUGUGUGAUCUGUGGAGUUGCUAGCAACCUUUUAUCAGAUACAUGUUCAUCUUGUCGUUGUUCUCAAAAUAAACAAACUGGUGUUCCGUCUGCAGUAACUACAGAUCAUCCUAUUAGUGGUGACUCUUGCUCAGAUAAUCACGUGUUGUUUGAUGACCAUGAGGUUGAUUCAGAGUUUUCUCCAACUACUCUUGGCUUGAUUGAAUCAUCCUAUUAUUCACUAUCAUCUGGGUCUGCUGAAUUAGGUUCUUCCAUAUUACCGGAAAAGUUAUUUAAUGUGGCCUCGAUGAAUCACUUGCUACAUCCAAAAUUUAAAUCACUGUGCUAUCCUCGCAGUCGUCUGGUUGAAAUAUGUUGUUUAGCUAAACGUGCAUUUGGUUGGAUCAUCUUAGUACAUGCUCCAAAUUUGAAUAAACUAGUCCAUAGAAGACGUUUGUUAAGUUUAACAACUUCAGAAAGACUGGGUCUUGUCUCUUCUAGUUCACAAGAAAAAGAAAAUACUAUUGACGUCCAGUCAUCUUCCGAUGAAUCAAAUAAUUGUAUUGCUGUACUGAAAAUGAUUCAAGGAGGUUCUAAUCUGAAGGCGGAAGCUAAUUUCCUUCGUGAAGCUGAAAUAUUGGUUGAAUUACAGCAUAGAAAUAUUAUACAACUGUUAGGUGUUUGUAUUCCACUGGAACCACUUUCACUCCUUAUUGAAUAUAUGCCUUUUGGUGAUUUUUAUUCAUUUUUACGCCGAUACACCGGUGAAUCACCAGGAUACAAUUCUCUUGUAGGCACAGUCAACGGGGAAAUAGUAAAUUCAUAUAGUCAAACCUUGUUACAGACUACAACGGUUCCUAAAAAGGAUUUCAUUAAUGAAUAUCCUACCAAUUUGAAUGUCAAAAUCCUCACUGAAAUGGUGAUUGAUGCUUGUGAAGCUAUGGUUUAUUUAAGCGAAUUGCAUUAUGUACAUAGUGUGAAUGAAACAAUACAUCAAUGAAACAGUUUUUUUUAUUGUGAAAGCGAUCGAUUAGAAAUUAAAUCUAAUGAGAUGACUCUCAUUUCAAUUCAAGUGUGCUCAUAAUCUAUGAGGAUGUAUAAAUUAGUGUAUAUGCAUUAUUUUUAUCUCGUGACAUUCAUCAGCUUUUUUCAAUACUGAGUGUAUAGGAUCAUUUGAACUACAUAUUCUGCUGUUGCAUCUGUUAAUAAUAAUUAUGAUUUACUUAUAUUUGACUAUUUCUAUUUUACGGGUACACGUUAUUUAUCCAUAUACUGAUUUUUAAAUAAAUAAAGCUAUAUGAAUUCAUGAGCCUUCGCCAGGUUGUAUAUCAUAUCUUUCUGAGUUAAUGACUGUUAAACAAUUAUCAAGUGAUUGUCUUACAUGAAUAAUUACUGUUUAAUACAUCCAUAUACCAAUUCUUCAUACUCAUCAUACUAUGGAAGUAUCAGGGAAUUUCGUUCAAGAAAGGAUGAUACUGUUGCGGUAACCUCUCCACCGGUACUAUGAGUUUUUCUCAUAAUUCAUAUUCAGUUAAUAUCGUAACGCUUCGUGAAAUGUCUUCUAAAAUCAAAUUAAAACACAAUGUAAAGAUUGGUAACAUUGUUAUAAUUCUUUUUUAUAACAAACUAAGUUGUCUUACAGUGUUUUGGAGGCCUCUUAUAUAUAUCUGUUGUUCGUUAGUGGUUUUUCAGAUAUUGAAAAUUUUGUGACUCCAAGUACUUCCAUUUGCAUUUCCAUGUCUGUCACCUCGGAAACACACCAUCUUCAAUUUUAGUAGUUAGUUACUUGUUUGCUAAUUUCAGUACAGUAAUGAAUUUAUUUUUUGUCAUUUUGAUAAACAAACUGAAAACAUGAAAUUUCUGCUCUAACCAUUCAGAUUUCAAAUCUUUUGAGUAGACACCCAAGUUAAUUUACCUCAGAAAAUUUUUAUCUAUGGUUUAUAUUUUCGCCUACUUUACACCUGAUUAUAGUAUCCUAUUUGGUUUUACUUACUGAUUACAUUCAUGUAUUUAAUUUUUGAAAAGUAAUAUAAAUACUUUAACUGGGUUUGCUAAAUAUUAUAAGUAUAAUAUUAUUUGAACGGUUGGUGUACUUGGUCUGUCCAAUAAAUACAGGGACUGUGACCAUAAAAACGGCGUGGAUUAUUCUCAUGUUAUUCAGAAUACCUUCUGUUUGUGAAAAUACAUAUCUAACGUCUAUCCGUUGUUUAAAAUAUCUAGAAUUCAGUCACGUCAGCUGCAUCGCUAUUUCGUUUUUUAUCGUUCAUUUUCAGUUUUAUCAUCUCAAUCUCAUAUUCGUCAAAUCAUGAUUACAUCCUUUCCAGCCUCUGAUCAGGUGUCAGGAACUUCAAGACAGUUUUUGCUCAUAAUAUUCUUUGCCUGAAAUGUUUUACUAUCGUUGUGUGCGUAGAGGAUUUUCUCGAAAUAAAUUCAUCACCAGUCAUCUAGUCAGUGAUUCAGCGAUCAGGAAAUACACGGAGACUAGAGGUCCGUUAUUGUUAUUAGUGCAUAAAGUCGAUGGUCGUCCGUAACUAAUAUUUUAGUAGUUCACUUCGUGUAUUGUAUACGAUCAGUUAUAAUUGAUUUGUUGUUAAUUAACAAAGACUUUUUUUGAUAGGACUAUAGAAUAUUAGCUGAUUAUAAUCAAAUCAUUCCUGAUGUCAUGUUUGAUAUAUUUGAAAUGUAAUUGUUUAUUCAUAGAAAUAAGUUUGACGCCUUUUUAUUAAUUUUUUAUUUGCAUGUCAUUUUUUAAUUGACGAUUUCGCUUCCAUCUUUUCCAUUUUCUCUUUUUUAGUGGUUUAAUUGUAUUAGUCAUAUCAGUUCAGGUGUUGUUUUACUGCAUAAAUUCACGCUGUAUCUAUCAUCUUUUAAACAGUGAAUUAUUGAUAAAAUAAUUGGUUAUGUUUAAAAUACAUAUAAAAUUUGGUUUUACAUUACUCUUCAAGUACUUUUGUCUGCACUGUUUCUUGCUUUACCGAUACCUUUUUAAACUAAGGACUUUCUUAAAUGACGUUAUCUCAUUUCUGUCAUUCUUGAAAUGAGUCUCUGUUUGGAUAGUCCUUUACAAACAGUUUUGAUACCUCUAUCUAAAAUAACUAUUCCCAUUCUACUUAGUUUCACGUACAUGGAUGCUCAUAUGUACUGGCUUUUUAAAGUAUCAUUUAGUAAUACAGUUAUUGUUCCCGUAUAAAUUCGUAAUUAAUUCAUUUACUGGAAAAGUGUAAUCAAGUUUACUUGGUCUUGAACAGUACUUUUUAUGUUGAUUAAUUAAAUUGCUCGGCUGUGUGAGCCAAAACAAAAGAAUCUGGAACCGAACCUACAAUAUAAUGAUAAAAAAAUCUAAUAUUUUAAACCGUUAACUUGCCGCUUUAUGUAUAUAUAAUUGUAAAGAGUCAUACUUUUUUCUACAUUACAAUUUCGGCGAGACUCUAAUUUAGGGACGAGCCAAUCAGAAGACAGUUAGUAUAAAGUGAAAAUAUAUUAUAAGAAGGUAAUGAAUUACAGUGGAUACUCUUCUUUUACAUGAUUUAAAAACUUGUUAAGGUUUGAUAAAGGUUCAGAGGUUCUGAAUUCAUAAUGCAUAUGGUAUAGAAACUCGUCCAUAGGGUUAGGGGUUAGGGUUAUAGCCUCUCAAUAAUCACCUCUUCUCUAAAAUCCGCCAUAAACCGUUCGUAUGUUAGCGUCACUUGUUGAACUUGGCUUCGUGACCCUGAAAUUGCUCAAACGCUUCUGAUUGUCUCGUCCCUAUAUUAGAGUCUCGUCAUCCUAACCAUAUGAACGAGUUUCUGUACCAUAUGCAUUAUGAAUUCAGAACCUCUGAACCUUUAUCAAACCUUAACAAGUUUUUAAAUCAUGUAAAAGAAGAGUAUCCACUGUAAUUCAUUACCUUCUUAUAAUAUAUUUUUACUUAAUACUAACUGUCUUCUGAUUGGCGAAUAAUUGUCAAGGUCAUUUCAGAUUCGUUCAAAGGUCGUCCCUAAAUUAGAGUCUCGCCAAAAUUUCAUCUUAAUUUUUUGCACACACACAUUGCACUAAGUUUCUUACUUUUCGUCCUCGACUUUUUAAAAGAAUUAGAAUAAUUUGAGUAUAGAAACUAUAUAUAUAUAUAUCAUAUGUUAUUUUAUAUUACAUACACUCUGUAGCAAUUUUAUGAGUGAACAUAGAUGAUCACAUUUAGUUUGCACCAAUAAAAAUUACCUUUACUCUAAGUUCAUAUCUGAUCAUUUGAGUUAAUCAAUAUUUAAUUGGUUAAAUACUGUGCAACAUUUUCGCUAUUUAUAAACUUCUACAAGUUUGUUGACUCUUCCUCUUUCCAAAUUUAUUUCACUGGAUUAUACUCUUUAAAUUACAUCUCCAAACCCUAAUCUUCCCGAUUACUGCUUAUACUCUUAUUACGUCUACCACUAUGGGAUUUGAAUCGACAACUGUAUCUCUGUGCUAAUGUGGCGUGGCAACUCGAACUGAUAUACGUACGUACGAAGUUCUACGUUGUUACUGACUGACUGACUGACUUGUUGACUCUUCAACAAAUCAGUGAUUUUACCUAAAAUAUUUUCUCUGACUUAACUAUUUUUUUUUAAAAAAAAGUACAUUAUUAUUUUCCACCAAUUAUUAAAAACAAACAACAUCCGUAGAUUUGGCUUAUUAUUUCCCAAGUAUUUUUGUACUCAUAGAUUAGCGAAUUUAAAAAGCGCCUCAUAAAAGUCGCUUUUAAUGAGUCAGUUGUUUUUUUAGUAUCAAAGAGUUCAUUCAUGGAAUAUAUUCAACAAGUAUUAAAAAUUCAGAAAAUCUAACAAACCAAUUAUCUGGGUUCUGUAAUUAUUUUGUCUCGAAUGUACAAAUUUGUCAUUUGAAAGGCUAUUAACAGAGAUGUAGAAUCCUUGAUGGUUUACUGAUUAGUGUAAUUAGUAAAAUGAGAAUAAAAAUUAUAUUAAAAACAUACUAAAAGAUAUACAAAGUCUAUUUGAAAAACUCAACUGGAUUAAAGUCAAAUAAUCACUCAUCUCGAAUAAUCUAAAUAAUUAAAAUGUUAUUGAAUGACCUGUAAUUUUCUUCUGAAAUGUAGAGUUUAUGAACGCCUGAUUAAAUCAACUUAAUAUCAGUUAAUCGAUUUGUUAAAAAACCCCUACAAUUAUCGGUUUACCUAGUUUAAGCUUAGUGUGUUUCAUACACCGGUUUAUAUUAUGAUAAAAGUUUGACAAAUUUUAAAUAGUGAAGAAGAUUUGUAGCUGAGCUGGAUGGUGUGGUCGUGAUCGUUCUUCUGAACGUCAUCAGCACAAAUUUCAGGUAGAAGUGAACUGUUCAAAUUUCUUCCCAUGUGGUUCACAGCUUGUUCUGUAAAUUGGAACGAAAAUCAAACCAAUGGGAGAUACAACCAAAACAAAGAAGUCAACAAUGACAGGUUUAAGGUCAACAAGAACCAAUCAACAUCGAGGUGUACAUGACAUGCUGUGAACCACAUGUGGAGAAAUUCGAACACUUCACUUCUACCUGAAAUUUGUGCUGAUGAUGUCGUUCAGAAGAACGAUGAAAGCUUUACGACUAAACCAUCCAGCUCAGAGAACAAAACUUCAUCAAAAAAUUUAAAAUAUCUCUACAUCACAUUUUGAUUAUGUUAAACUAACUAUUUUCAUCUAUCAACAAGGCAACUGGUAAAAUUAAUGCAUUUAUUCAUUUUUUGUAAAUGUUGUUUAACAUGCGAAACUUGAGUACAACUAUGGCAUCACUUAUUAUAAUUAUACCAUUCGUAUGUCUUUUACGAAUCAAAUAGUCUUAAUGAAUUGAGCAUUGGGUAGAGAGUUAAUAGUAAAUCUAUUUUUGCUAUAUCCCAAUGAGUAGAAAAAUUGUAUUUCUAAUGUUUUGUGAUUUAAUGUAUGCCACUCUUUUACUCUGAAGUAUUGGCUUAAAUGAAGUCACGAAACGUCAGAAAUACAAUUUUUCUACUCAUUGGGAUAUAACAAAAAUAUAUUUAUUAUCAAAAUAUAUUAGCUUAUAUAUUUAGCUUCCCAUGAAGUAGUCCUUAUAAAUUGUACAUUUGAGAAAUCUUGUUUUUGUUUUUUGCUGCUAAAUUUUUCAUUACUUUUACAAAUUCUAAACAGAGAUAUAGCUACAAGAAGUUUUCUUGUUGGAAAAAAGUUAAUUGUCAAACUAUCAGAUUUUUCAAUGUGUAGACCAAUUCAACCUGGUGUUGAUUUUAUCUCUACUUCUAAUGAAUGUUUGCCGAUAAAAUGGUUACCUCUUGAAUCAAUUUUAGAAGGAAAAUUUCAUACAGAUACUGAUGUUUGGUCUUUUGGAGUUUUAUUAUGGGAAGUUUUCAGUUUCGCUGUCGAACCAUUUACUAAUCUAAGUCAUUCAGAAAUUAUUAAACUUUUGGAACACGGUGACCGUUUAACACGUCCAUCACAAUGUCCAGAAUCUAUUUAUCAGUUAAUGCUUAAAUGCUGGUCAGCUGAUCGUACAGAACGUCCAAAAUUCAUUUACAUAAGAAACUGCUUAAAAGAAAUCUUCAAAGAUCUGUAAACAUUUUAACUUUGAAAUGAACUAUUUCAAUUUUACUUACAGAGAAUCAGACAUGAUUAUUUAUUUUUUAAACUUUUUUCCCCAACCAAAUAUUUGUUGUUUUCGUUUUUCUAAUUAGUAAUUUUCCUGUAACUUAAUUACUGCUAUAAUUUCUACUGUAUAGUGUUUUAAGUUAAAAGUUGUUUUAAUUCUUAAUCUUAAGCAGUUUUACAAAAAAAAUUUUAACCAGACAUAAUCAAUGUGAACUUUGAUACGAAUGUGGGUUAGCCCAAAUGUUCAUAACAGUUCGGCACAACGAUAUAGAAUUAGAAAGGUGAACGGCAAAGGAGUUGAGAUAAUUUUACAGUAAUAAGAAUUAAGAUACUAUACUCAGAAUUAGAUGGUAGAAUCACGUCGGUGAAUUUUUUUAGAUGAAUUCUUCCCAGAAUAUACUGAUGGAUAUAUUCAACUGUCUUAGGUACAUUUCUCACGAAAUUAGAUUCAGACUUUGUCCAAAGACUUGAUAACUGACUAGACAACUAGAUCCUUUUCAAACUGUCCGCUAAGGUUUAACGCUUAGGCUUAUCAGAAGGUUUUUUUACUAUAGAAGAACUAGAACUUCCAGGUCCGACUGUUUUAAAAACAACCAAGGAUAGUUGUCAUCCUGUUAUCUAUGUCGUCUAAUACAAUGUUUAGUCUAGCUUUUUCGUAUGAAUGUCGUGGUUAGGUUAAAUAUGACUCACUUUUGGUUUGUAAUUUUACUAACCUAGACACUAGGUGAGGAACUCCAUUGUCGAUACCGGUCCCCAGUUCAUUGACCUCCGGCGGUAGUAGACUAAAAAUUCA